CAGGUAAACUCAUGAUGGACGAUUUGCGACCGGGUCUUGGAGGCAUAUUGGGYUUGAUGGACCAUGAUCACCAUCACCAUCACCUCCAUCAUCACCACCCGACCGCAGUGCACCCAGACAAACAACGUGCCUCGAAGGGGGCCAGCGACUCGUCAAAUGAACUCGGCUCGCUGUACGGACUGCCAGUUAAUGCGGCCGGCGAUUCGUCUCAUCAUAAUACACCGUCCCCCGGACGAGGAUCGCUAGCCGAACAGACUAAUCCUAUGUCAUCUAGUUCGUACAUGUCUACUGCUGUGAUGAGCCAACCAUUUACAGUCACAAGUCAUCAUUCAAAUCCAACUGCUUCUUCUAAUCAGUCUUCUAUUACGACACCUGCAGGAAUGAUGCCAGAAGAAGAAUGGUACAAUAAAAGUUUAUCAGCAUUGCGGAUGAACUCCGGACAUCAUCCAAACCUCACCACACCAAUGUUACAAUAUCAGACAUAGAGUUGCUGUGAUACUAGAUACAUAAUAUGAUUGUAUGCUAAUUGAAUUAUUUUAAAUAAUUAUUUAUAACGGGCUGAAACGCUGAAUCGUUCUUGUUUUUAAAACCAUGCGCCAUUUUUUCGUGUACUAUAAACYUCAAUAGAAUAAUUUUCAAAGUCUUGAAACUCGUUUUGCUGAUUCGUGUACAAAAAAUACCGUAGAACUUACUUCAAUCUAUUUAUAAAUUAUUCAUAAGAACAAUUGUACCUAUGUAAAUAUAUAUUAUAUAAUUUUUUGUUUGGUUUGUUUUUUAUCACUUCGGAAAUUCUUUAAGGUUCAUUAUUAUAGAUGUUUUUACUUUUUUUUCGAUUUUUACGAUUGAUUAAUAUUAUUGAACAUAA